AUGAAAUGGUCGCAAUGGUUUUGGGAGGUGCUGUGGGGGCGGCAACAUCAAUCGCAGCAGGGAGUCUGGAUCCAGACCUCUCGACCAGCUGCCAUCGAUCUGGGCUUUGAUGCUGACGAACGUAAACUGAGCCAGGAGACAAAGACGAGAGACUCUAGCGACGACAAUUCUUCACCGAAGAAUGAGGGCGAUGGUGCCGGACAGAAUGACGAUCAGGAGCAGCAGAGCCAGGGGCCGCAACCUGUUGGCUUUUGGGAUCCAAGGCUGGCCGGUGUGCGUACAGAAGCGUUCUUCAAAUGGUCGGUCACGACGUCAGUCUUGUUCGUGUUCAUCAUUGCCGUCCUGUCGCUGUUCUGGGGAGCCCUAUCCUCCAUCGAUCAGAACACGGCCGCUCUGAAAGUCUAUGUGGUGGACUUCGACGGGCGAGUAGCUCCCUACGACAACAUCGAUCCGGUCGUUGGACCCAUCGUCACGCAAAUGACGGCAGCAGCUCGCCAGAACCGCGUAUCACUCGGUUACCAGAUUCGCCAACCGGCAGAAUUCAACAACGAUCCGAUCCAAGUUCGGCAGGCCGUCUACGACUUCGACGCCUGGGCCGCGCUCAUCGUCAAUCCCAAUGCAACCGCUCUGCUGGUCUCCGCGGUGCAGAAUGCGAACACCUCCUAUGACCCGAAUGGCGCUAUGCAGCUAGUCUACACGGAUUCUCGAGACGACACCAAUUGGUACGACUUCAUCUCGCCUCUCAUACGGCCGUUCCUUACCCAAGUCACUGCGAGCGUCGGUACCCAAUGGGCCCAGCAGGUUUUGCAGAACGCUACUUCGAACGACACUCUGGCCAGCAACCUGCAGCAAGUGCCACAGGCGGUCAGUCCUGCCGUUGGAUUCAGCGAGUAUAAUCUCCGGCCCUUCUACCCAUACACAGCUAUCCCUGCGAUCUCGGUUGGCCUGAUCUACCUGAUCAUCAUCAGCUUCUUCUCGUUCGCAUUCUACCUCCCCAUCCACUUCAAGUACCUCAAACCCGAAGGCCACCCUCCGCUCCACUUCUGGCAAUUAACGCUCUGGCGCUGGUGUUCCACAAUGCUCGCCUACUUCAUCCUCUCCCUCGCCUACUCCCUAGUCUCCCUGGCCUUCAACAUCAAUUUUCACGGCGGCAACCCCAUCCAAUCCGAAACCCUCCCGACCAUCGAAUCCUACGGCAACCCGACGGCGUUCGGCUACGGCACAUUCCCGAUGUUCUGGCUUCUAAACUGGGUUGGCAUGAUGGCUCUUGGACUCGCCUGCGAGAAUGUGGCAAUGGUUGUUGGACAGCCUUGGAGCGCGCUGUGGUUGAUCUUCUGGGUUAUCAGCAAUGUCACCACGGCGUUUUAUGAUAUUGAGAUCGAGCCGGGGUUCUACCAUUGGGGAUAUGCAUGGCCGUUGCAUUCAAUCGUGGAGGCGAGUAGGAUGAUACUGUUUGAUCUGCAUCCGACAUUGGGGAAGGAUUUUGGGAUUCUGAUUGCUUGGGCCAUUGUGAACUCAGCUGUCUUCCCAUUCGCAUGCUACUUCAUGAGGUGGAAGUCGAAACAUCACAUCCACGAGUACUAUCGAUGA